CGGCGCGGGCCGGUGUUAAAGAGACAGUGGCGAAACGACGCUGCCGGCGGGGGGACGCCGGACAGCCCCGCAGCGGGAAUUUUAUUAAUGUUAUUGGUUGUCCACAUCAAUGGAGCAUUAUCAUUCUGUUUUAAGGACAAGUAGUUCAUCAACUAUUCCAGUUAAGAAUGCUAAAAAUGGUUAUAAGGGCAGAUCUUCCAAACAAAAGACUCUAGCAGUUACUGCAGUUGCAUUACAAGAUCAUAUUUUACAUAAUCUUCAACUCCAAGAUCUUUCAUUAGGGGACCCUUUUAAGUCAAAGUCAAGGAAUAAAAAGAACAUUUAUGAACCUGUGAACAAAGAGAUGGUCAGAGCUGUUGUAGAUACUGGACUAAGAAAAAAGAACAUUCACUAUGCAAAAGGGGAAGAUCCGGAAAAGGAAUAUGUCCUUGAUCCUAAUCCUCCACAACUAACAUUAGCUCAGAAAUUGGGUUUAGUUGAGCCUCCUUCCAUGCCGCUAACAACAGAAGAGUGGGAGAAAGUAAAGCAAAGAUCCAUAAACCAGGGGGAUUCUGUGCAACCUUGUCCAAUAUGCAGGGAAGAAUUUGCACUUCAGCCACAGGUGCUGCUUUCUUGUUCCCAUGUGUUUCACAGAGCAUGCCUGAAAGCUUUUGAAAAAUUUGCAGGGAAAAAGACUUGCCCUCUGUGUAGAAAGAAGCAGUAUCAGACCAGGGUUAUAUAUGAUGGGGCACGCUUGUUUAAAGUCAGAUGCGCUACAAGAAUCCAAGCUUGCUGGAGAGGCUACAUUGUUAGAAAAUGGUAUGAAAACUUGAGAAAAACAGUGCCUCCUAAAGAUAGGAAAUUAAGAAAAAAAUUCUUUGAAGAAAAGUUCCAAGAGAUCAGCAGUCGGUUACUGAGUUCUUACGACACAAACAUCGAUGAGUUUUUUUCUGAAAUUGAUUCUUCUGUAGCUACAAGUCGAAACGUACUUCGGCAGUUGGAGGAAAAAUUUGCUCCAUUAAUGUGUGAAGCUGACUGGGAAAAGAUACAGAUGCAGGCAUUUCGGCAAGAGAUAUUUGAGUGUCCUAUCUGUAUUAUGCCACUUCAUCAUGCUCAUCCUCCAGGCAUAUUUUCUGACAACAGCAACGAUCAGUUUACACGACAGACUGUUCUGCUCUCCUGUUCACAUAUGUUCCACCAUACAUGCCUUCAAACAUUUGAAGACUUUUCCUUAGGAGAAAGGCAUAUUUGUCCUUUAUGCCGCUCUUGUUAUCAAAAGAAAAUUCUUGAAUGUUGAUAAACUUGUAAAAAUCUCAGAAUGAAUCACAUAAUUUAAUUGAUUUGAUGAGGGCCUGUAUUACACAGAUUUGAUCUUUGUCAGAACCAGCAUCUUGAGCAUAAAAAUAACCCAUUUUGAAUGGGUGCUGAUGGUCAUAGAAAUAAAAGUUAAAUAGGCA